CUACUUUCUAGUGCCCUUCGUCCACCUAUCCCCCUUUUCCUCAUCUUCUUUCUUUCAACAUUAUUUCUCCCUUUUAUUAUUGUCGCUUCAUUGUUGGAAAAGCUCCGGGUUGUUUUGCAAACGAAGUCGUUUGUGUGGGCAAUGAGAAAGCCUUGCUGUGACAAAGAAGGCACGAACAAGGGAGCCUGGUCCAAGCAAGAAGACCAGAAGCUCAUUGAUUACAUAAGGACUCAUGGCGAAGGCUGCUGGCGUUCCCUUCCCAAGGCUGCAGGUUUGCACCGGUGUGGAAAAAGCUGUAGACUGAGAUGGAUAAAUUACCUCAGGCCUGAUAUCAAACGCGGUAACUUUGCUCAAGAUGAAGAAGACCUUAUUAUCAAGCUCCAUGCCCUCCUUGGUAACAGGUGGUCAUUGAUUGCUGGAAGAUUACCAGGAAGAACAGAUAAUGAGGUGAAGAAUUAUUGGAACUCUCAUAUCAAGAGAAAGCUGAUAAAAAUGGGGAUUGAUCCCAACAACCAUAAGCUGAACCAUAUUCCCCUUCGUCCUCAACCCCAACAUGUUUCUCCUCCUCCCACAUCAAAGAACACUAUGGAUGCAUACAAGCAGCAGAAAGUAAUAGCACCCUCCGGUGAAAAUAAUGGGAUUUCAGAUUCAGCAAGUUCUCUUGAAGAAGAAGAUGGAAAAUCUGCUGCUUUGCUUCCCAAUUUGAAUCUUGACCUUACAAUUGCCAUUCCUUCUCCUCGAUCCAAUAAAUUCACUGAAGAAAUGGCUCAUAAUACUGAGUCAACAGUGACAGGUGAAGUACUGAAGAAUGAACCUACCCUUCUUCUUUUUACAUAAGGAAGGGCUUGAGGGGGUUUAAUUAAUUAAUUAGGAGCAAUAUAUAGAAGAAAGAAAAAUUAUUACUUUUUUUUUUCUUUUUACCAAUAUUGAUAUUGAAUCCUAUUAACUAAUAAUUUCCUUUUUGAGAGAAAAACAAGCUGAAACAUUAAUUUGAGAAAAAGGAUUACUGCAAAGUGCAAACCUCUACAUGUUAUCUCUCAGUAUGGACAAAAAAUGAGAGCACUACUGUAUAUGUAUAAAGUACAAAGCCUUGAAAUUGACAUGAUCUGUAUUUUCAAGGCUAGCUCAAAUUAGGAUGAAGGGAUGCAACUUAUUAUUAUGCACCAUAUGUGUGAUUAAUUAGUUCAGUUUUAUGUAUCCAGUUGUAGUUAGUUAAAAUUUUAUUGCUCGAUUUAGAUUUAGGAUUAAGGAGAUGCAAUUGCAUGUACAUAGAUUUGUACUUAAUUAUGAUUGAAAUCUAAUUAUACCUCUAUGUUGAGGAAUAGAAAGAAGAAUGCCAC